AUGGCGCAUCAACUGGCACCGUCUGUAAAUUGUUCAUUAGACGACAUUGACCUCGGUGCAUUAAAGGACCCAGCUGGUAUAUUUGAACUCAUAGAAGUUGUGGGAAAUGGCACUUAUGGACAGGUGUAUAAGGGUCGUCACACAAAGACAGGUCAACUUGCAGCCAUCAAAGUUAUGGAUGUCACACAAGAUGAAGAAGAAGAGAUAAAGCUUGAAAUCAAUGUGUUAAAAAAAUACUCUAAUCACCGUAACAUUGCCACAUAUUAUGGAGCAUUUAUCAAAAAAACACCAUCUGGAAAAGAUGAUCAGUUGUGGUUGGUCAUGGAGUAUUGUGGAGCUGGUUCUGUGACUGACUUAGUAAAAUCAACCAAGGGUCAAUCACUGAAAGAAGAAUGGAUCUCCUAUAUUUGCAGGGAAAUUCUGAGAGGUCUAAGUUAUUUACAUUCUAACAAAGUUAUCCAUAGGGACAUAAAGGGGCAGAAUGUGUUACUUACUGAUAAUGCAGAAGUAAAACUUGUCGACUUUGGUGUGUCAGCACAACUAGACAGAACUAUUGGUAGGAGAAACACAUUCAUUGGUACACCAUAUUGGAUGGCACCUGAAGUAAUUGCAUGUGAUGAAAACCCUGAUGCUACAUAUGAUAAUCGCUCUGACCUCUGGUCUCUUGGUAUCACUGCACUUGAGAUGGCAGAAAGUCAACCACCCCUCUGUGAUCUUCAUCCUAUGAGAGCACUUUUCCUUAUUCCAAGGAACCCACCACCUCGUUUAAAAUCUAAAAAAUGGGCAAAGAAGUUCCACAGUUUCAUUGAAACUGUUCUUGUGAAAGAUUACCAUCAGCGACCCUAUACUGAACAACUUCUCAAGCACCCAUUCAUAAGGGAUCAGCCCACUGAAAGACAAGUCAGGAUACAGCUCAAAGAUCACAUAGACAGGUGUAAAAAGAGAAAGCAGGAUAACUCUGUCAGAGAAGAGUAUAAAUAUUCAGGUUCAGAAGGUGAGGAAGAGGAUAAUGCUGUCGCUGGGGAGCCAUCAUCUAUUGUGCAUAAUGCCGCUGCACAUCAGACAAGUGACACACUUCGACGUAAUUUCCAACAAAUACAAGAAGGAAGUGCCGGGGCUGAAGCUCAACCUCAACCGCCACCUAAACGCAACAGCAAGCGUGAGGAACGUGAAGAAAUCCCAGAGCCUGGGCCGCCGGCAAGGCCAUCCAUUCCACAAAGACUGAUUGUUGUGCCAGAUCCACAGGCACAACAGCCUAAUAGAUAUAGGCCUCUGCCCCCCACUCCCAAAUCGUCCGGUUCGUCAAACAGUUCCGGCUCCAACAAUGGCACACCGCCUGCAAGUGGACCUCAACCACCGCAACGUGGCUCCCAUCACAUGUUUAAACCAAUGCUUCCACCUCGAAGACCAGAGGACUUGGAUAAACUAGCCGCGCAACUUAACGAACUUGGCGUCGUAUCUGGUAACGAGCCACCAAAUCGACCUCCUCGCGCACCUACAAAUGGACAAGGGCCACCAUUGGAAAGGAACCCACCGGAACCGCCGUUUGACGACUCCGACAGCGAUUCGGACGCCGAAGAAAGCGGCGGGAGAGUUCGCAACGACGGCACCUUGCUCGCCAGCGAUCCACCCAAGCCGCUGCCCGGCCUAGCGGCGGUGUCUGAGGACGGCGCGGCGGCGGGCGGAGCGCCCACCCGCCCGCUGCCCCCCACCCCCGACGACGACGACGCCCACCCGGACCGCACGCUCGUCAUGAAGCGGAAGGAGAUCGCGGGUAGCGAUAUAAGGCAAUCGGAAGUUGACGAAGCUGUUCUACUGAAGGAUUGGGACUUUGCUAGAUUUUUCCCGUCGAAGGUUGCGCACAAAGAGGAAAAACAGGACCCCACCAAAGAGAGCGAACAGAAGCGAGGGCAACUGCAGCGUCAGUCCAGGAUCGAACUGGAGGACGCUUGGGCGAAAUACAAGGCGAUCGCAACGCCCCCCGCCCGCCACAAGCAAAUGCUCAAUAAAGAGAAAACGCCCCACGAGAAGCUCGCGGACAUGCUCAAACACAAGAAGGACCAGGAAUCGGAGCUGAACUCCCCAAACCGCUUCUUCAGGGGGUUCCGCAGGGAGAACUCCGACCUGUUCCCGCUGCCCAGCACGCGCCACUCGGCCAUAUACUUCCCGAAGCACGAGAGCCAAGCGGGCGCGGCCAAGCAGAUGAGGUCGAGCGGCAUAUUCAACCACUCGCGCAAGCAGAGCACCAAGCAGGCCGCGUCCGGGGAGCCGGUGCUCACGGACUUUAUAAAGAUGAACGACAGCCUGAGGAAGGGCGCCGCCAGGAAAGCAGCGGCCAACAGCCCCAUAGAGGCGCUGAAGAACGUCGCCGUCCUGAUCAGACAGGACAGCGAGAGCAACGGCGCCAGCCGACAGAGCAGCGUGAACAGCGACUCACCGGCAACGAGCAUAUGCUUCACGAGCGGCGGCUCCUUCGAGAAGGCGGGCGCCCUCGACCUCACCGCUGACACGCUAGAGAGCAAGCCCCGGGAGGGCAACGACCCCGGCGACCUGGUGAGACCGCGCAGGGAAAAGACCGAAUCGGACAUCGUGUUCCGACGGAACUGCCACUAUAACCGGCACACUGACGUAACGGGCAAUUGUGGGCAGGAAGCGGUACUCGCACAGGACCAGGGCCGAUCAAGCGGCGCCAACGAAGGUAGCGGAUCACGCACCAGCUCCGUACUCCCCGAUUUGCUCCAAGCUGGCCAACCAACGACCCCGCCGCGUCAUGACAAGUCCACCAGCGAAGAGUACAGACAGGCCAUUGCCGGAGGCACGCCCGCCCCCCACCACCACCACCAUCCGCUCCCCUCGUCCGUCCAAUCCACCCCGUCCAAGUCGUUCGUGUCGGGCGCGGCUUCCCCGCACCCUCUCCAGCACUCGCCGUCCAACUCCUCCGUCGGCUCCCAACAGCAGUUCCUCCCCUUGCAACAGAAGCAGCGCUCGUUCCUCACAUUCGGCUUCGGUGCGGGAUCCACGGGCAGCGGCACCGGCGGCUCCGGCGGAAACGCGUCACGCCGCGAGAGUCACGUGAACGUGAACGUCACGCCCACCGGACACGACCUGUCCUCCGACACGCCGGAAAUACGCAAAUACAAAAAGCGUUUCAACUCGGAAAUACUUUGCGCUGCUCUGUGGGGCGUGAACUUACUCAUCGGGACGGAAAAUGGUUUAAUGCUCCUUGAUCGUUCUGGUCAAGGGAAGGUCUAUCAGUUGAUCUCAAGACGCCGCUUCCAACAAAUGGAAGUGUUAGAAGGACAAAACAUUCUUGUGACUGUUUCUGGAAAGAAAAAUAGAGUGCGAGUGUAUUAUCUGAGUUGGCUUAAGUCCAAAAUUUUACGCACGGACGGCCUGAGCGACCAAGUUGAAAGGAGAAAUGGCUGGAUUAAUGUAGGCGAGCUACAGGGUGCAGUGCAUUUUCGUAUCGUUAAAUAUGAGAGAAUUAAAUUCUUAGUCAUCGCUCUCAAAGAUUCCAUAGAAAUUUACGCUUGGGCACCAAAACCCUAUCACAAGUUUAUGGCUUUCAAAAGUUUUGGUGAUCUGCAACACAGGCCUCUAUUAGUUGAUUUGACAAUUGAAGAAGGCACAAGACUGAAGGUUAUCUAUGGUUCAGCAGAUGGUUUCCAUGCUGUUGAUCUGGAUACUGCAAGUGUUUAUGAUAUUUAUAUCCCAAAACACACACAGGGAGCUAUUAUUCCUCAUUGCAUUGUUCCAUUGCCGAACUCAAAUGGUGUCCAACUAUUACUUUGUUAUGAUAAUGAAGGAGUAUAUGUUAACACAAAUGGACGAAUAAGCAAAAAUAUAGUUCUCCAGUGGGGUGAGAUGCCAACUUCAGUGGCAUAUAUUGGAACUGGUCAAAUAAUGGGUUGGGGCAAUAAAGCGAUAGAAAUACGCUCAGUGGAGAGUGGGCAUCUGGAUGGUGUUUUCAUGCACAAAAAAGCACAACGGCUCAAAUUUUUGUGUGAGCGGAAUGACAAAGUAUUCUUCUCUUCCGCUAAGGGUGGAUCCUCUUGUCAAAUAUAUUUUAUGACUCUGAAUAAACCUGGAAUGGCCAACUGG